AUGUUAGAGGAAAUUGGAAUUUAUGUGAUGGAGAGACUUUAUAGACAAAAAAUUAAGGGAAGUUCUUGGGGAGACUUAAACAUAUGUCCUGCCAUUAGACUGAAAUUAUCCAAGAUUAAGCAACUUCAAAGAUUUUGGAGAAUUGUACCAUCUGGUUAUCAACAAUUUGAAGUGAGACUUUUAGAUGAUGCAUAUGUUGUAGACCUUCAUAAGAGGACAUGUGGAUGUAGAGGUAAAGUGAAGGUUGAAUUGGUUCAAGAAGUAGAUGUGGAAAGUGAUAGUGACAGUGAAGUUCAAAGAGAGCCUGAUAGUGAGGUGGAGUCUUAUGAAGUUGAUUUUGAAGUGGGUAAUCAUACAUAUGAAGAUGUAUACCAACCUGAGGUUGAAGCUGAAGUUAGAGGGGUUGAAGCACAUGUUGAAGUUGGAGGGGUUGAAGAACAGGUUGAAGUUGAAGCACAGGUUGAAGCACAUGUUGAAGUUGAAGUUGAGGAAGGUGAAUACCAAGCUGCAGUUGUAGAUCAAGUUGAAGUUGAAGAAGGUGAAUACCAAGAUGUAGUGGUAGAUCAAGUUGAAGUUGAAGUUCAAGGACAGGGUGAAGGUCAAGAAUGUAAAGAACUUGUUGUACUUCAAGAUCUAGUUGGAAAAGAUGACCAAGGACAGGCUGCACUUGAAGAUCCAGUGGAAUAG